AUGGUUUUGUAUAGAAUUUUGUUAAGAUACGUGCCAAUGAUAACUUUCCCAAUAGCUUUUGUGGCUGGUAUUAUUGGUUACAAUGUAGAACGUACAAUUUCUAAUGUAGAGACACCAUCUAUACCCAGUAUUUUAGAAGAAAAACUUAAAAGAAAAGAUGAUCAGAAAAUUUCAUACAGUGAACCUCCGGUUUUAGAAAGAAAUCUUUCACCACCAUUAAAAAAAGACUAUUAA